GGGGUAGCUCUCACCACCUCCCACCUCCACCCUCACAGAUGCAGACUGAGUGUUUCACAUCAGCCAUGAUCACUCCAGCUCAACUUGUGCAUCUCAUGCAGACUCACAUCAGGGCUUGCAUUGGACAUCCAGCUACCCAGGGUUUGGGACUUGGAUUGUAUUCUACAAGCAGCAACUGGUUUGCUGAGUUAAGCAUAUAAGACAAGAGAAAACAUAUGCUGGCUCUGUCCAAGGGAAAUGAAAUACCCUCGUCAACAAGCUGUAUCCCUCAAAUGCUUUGAAACUUAGGGUGACUCUUGAAGCACUAUCUCUGACGCCGCUAAUACUUACAGCCAAUGCAUUAACCAAGUGUCCCAAACUGAGUUCACAUUCUCUGCUUUACACUGUUUUAUAGUCUUACACACUACAAUUUACAGUAUAACUGUCAACAUGGAUCUCUGCAUUGCUGCACUGUUUUGUCAAGUGCCUCAUUGACACAUGUGAAAGCACUUUUAGAUUUCUUAAUAUUGUAGCGUCCCCACCUCACAGACGACACGGAACUUCUUCUCUUAUUUGUAACUUUAUUAAAGUUAACCCGAACAUGUCACACGUCUUGUUCUUAACUCCGAUACCCUUAACAACAACUUCGUCUUCUUCACCCCUGACCCGCUAACAAACCAGCCAAUGAGAGCCUGUCAUCCCACACAACCCCACAGCCAUUGGUCUAGAACUGUCACAUGCCCCACCCCGACCUGUUCACUGACCCUCAGGACAUCUCAGAACUUAUUUAACAGUGAACAUAAGUCAUAACGACCACAUAGCAGUCAAACAGAACAUAAUCCUAACUACCUGUCCAUUACAAUAUAAAUAGGCCCUAGGUAAACAUUUGCUUUGACAACAAUGAAAGCCAAUAUUGGACAGAGAGAAAUAGAGGAUGAGGAGUUGAAGAAGUAAGAGGAGGAGGAGAAUAGCAUUUCUAAAAGAGGCUGGAAGAGGCUUGUGGAGACAUGGAACAGGCCUGGAUACAGAACUGCAAGUGGUAGAUCCACACACGCUGCAUCGUGGACAAAGAAAAUAUGGUUAGACCAAGACAGAAGGUGUUAUGAAAAUGUGUUUUCUGCCAUGUUAAUAGUUCAACGAUUAACUGAGGAGGGAAGAGACCUGCUGUGCUGGACAAACACAGACUGAGACCCCUCACUGUCCUGCUCUCACCUGCUGAAUCAGACAUGGGGAAAGUCUACUACGUCAGUAAAAAUGUGGGCCUUGCAAUGCUUGUAUUAGCGUUCUGUGCGCUGGCCACAAUUACAGCUUUGUCCAUUGCUUAUAACAAGGAAAGAGCCAAGAAUCAUAGCAGACCUGGAGGUGGAGCGACAGACAACACCAGCAUGCCUACACCCCCGACUACACCCUUCACCCCAAAGGAGCCCUGGGACCACUACAGACUUCCAGACUCCCUGGUUCCUGUCUCUUACAAUGUGACCCUGUGGCCACGGCUGGAGCCCAAUGCAGACGGCCUGUACAUCUUCACUGGACGCUCAGCGGUGUACUUCAAAUGUGUGAAGGAAACGGACCACAUCAUCAUCCAUUCCAAUAAGCUGAACCUCACUGGGCAACAAGCUACGCUGGGUGGCCUGGGUGAUGUCACUGCGCCCACUGUACAGAAGACUUGGUUUGUGGUGAAGACAGAGUUUCUGGUUCUUCAGCUGCACCGCAGACUAUCUGCAGGAGCGACCUAUGUACUUCACACUGAAUUUCAGGGAGAGCUGGCGGACGACCUGGAGGGCUUCUACAGGAGUGAAUACGUUGAGGAUGGUGUGAAGAGAGUUGUUGCUACCUCGCAGAUGCAAGCAACGUACGCCAGGAAAACCUUCCCUUGCUUUGACGAGCCAGCCAUGAAAGCUGUCUUCAAUGUCACGAUCAUUCACGACCGAAGCAAAGUGGCUCUGUCCAACGGCAUGGAAAUUGAUGCUGCAGACUCUGUCAUCGAUGGCAUUCCUGUCAGAGUAACUACAUUUGAGCCCACAGAGAGAAUGUCCACGUAUCUGCUGGCAUUUAUCGUCAGUGACUUUGUCAGCAUUCAGUCAAACCUAAACAACAAUCUGCUGAUCCGAAUCUGGGCUCGGAAAACAGCCAUAGAUGACGGGCAGGGAGACUACGCUCUCAAUGUAACAGGGCCAAUCCUUCAGUUCUAUGAGCACUACUACAACGCUUCAUAUCCACUCUCCAAGUCAGAUCAGAUAGCUCUGCCCGACUUCAAUGCUGGAGCCAUGGAGAACUGGGGUCUGGUCACAUACAGGGAGACGGCUUUGCUCUAUGACCCCAUCGUAUCCUCCACUGGAAACAAAGAGAGAAUUACAACUGUCAUCGCCCAUGAACUUGCCCACAUGUGGUUUGGCAACCUGGUGACACUGCGAUGGUGGAAUGACCUGUGGUUGAACGAGGGCUUUGCAUCGUACGUAGAAUACUUGGGUGCCAACCAUGCUGAGCCCACCUGGAAUAUGAAAGACCAGAUCAUUCUAUCUGACGUGCACAAGGUUUUCGAAGUGGACGCCCUCGCCUCCUCUCACCCGCUGUCCCGCCGAGAAGAUGAGGUCAAUGACCCUCCGCAGAUCAGCGAGAUGUUUAACACCAUCUCCUACAGCAAGGGAGCGGCGGUGCUGAGGAUGCUGUCAGAGUUUCUCACAGAGCCUGUGUUUGCCAGAGGACUCAGUUCUUACCUGAACACAUUUGCCUUCAGCAACACGGUGUAUACAGACCUAUGGGACCAUCUCCAAAAGGCAGUUGACAACACACCAGGUAUUCAUAUUCCAUACCCUGUCCAUGACAUCAUGAACCGCUGGACCCUCCAGAUGGGCUUUCCAGUAGUCACUAUUGACACCCGGACAGGAAGUAUCACUCAGAAACACUUCCUGUUGGAUCCAGAAUCUGUAGUGGAGAGGCCCUCUCAGUUCAAUUAUACAUGGUAUGUCCCCAUUAAAUGGAUGAAGACAGGAGUGGAGCAGCAACAGUACUGGCUUCUUCAGAAGACAGACACCAACAGUCUGAUGAGGGUGUCAGGAAAUGACUGGGUGCUGGCAAACACCAACGUAUCUGGAUACUUCAGGGUGAACUAUGAUCUUGACAACUGGGAUCGUCUUCUGGCCUUGCUCAGCACCAACCACCAGGCUUUAUCAAUCAUCAACAGAGCACAGAUCAUAGAUGAUGCCUUCAACCUAGCAAGAGCUAAAAUAGUAAGUACAACAUUAGCCCUGACAACUACCAAAUACCUGCACAAGGAGAGAGACUACAUCCCCUGGGAGUCAGCUCUAGGAAACCUCAACUACUACAUCCUCAUGUUUGAUCGCACUGAGGUCUACGGAGCUUUACAGGCGUACCUCAAGAAGCAAAUACAGCCACUUUUUGAGCACUUCAAGACAACAACAGCUAACUGGACCAAAAUACCAACAGGCCACACUGACCAGUACAAUCAGAUCAAUGCCAUCGGGGUGGCCUGCAGUAUGGGUGUGGGGGAAUGUAGAGAGUUGAUCAAAAGAUGGUACAGAGAGUGGAUGGCGAAUCCAAGUCACAACCCGAUCCAUCCCAACUUGAAAAGCACAGUUUACUGCAGUGCCAUAGCUUUCGGUGGCGUGGAAGAGUGGGACUUUGCCUGGACCAUGUUCAAGAACUCUACAAUGGCCUCUGAAGCUUCCAGGCUGAGGGCAGCCAUGAGCUGCUCCAAAGCACCUUGGCUUUUGAACAGGUAUCUGGAAUACAGCCUGGACCCGACUAAGAUCCGCAAGCAGGACGCCACCUCCACCAUUCAGUACAUCUCACAAAAUGUUGUGGGAAUGCCUCUGGCCUGGAACUUCAUCAGAGCUAAAUGGAGCUACAUUUACCAGCAGUAUGGAAGAGGAUCAUUUUCCUUCUCUAGUCUUAUCAAUGGAAUCACAAGGAGAUUCUCCACAGAAUUCGAGCUCCAGGAGCUGAAGAAAUUUAAAGAGGACAACCUCCAUGUUGGUUUUGGCUCAGCCACCUUGGCCCUGGAGCAGGCCAUUGAAAAGACCACAGCCAACAUCAGAUGGGUGACAGAGAACAAAGCCCACGUGCUGCGGUGGUUUACUGACGAGUCCAAGUGAGAAGACUUGAUAAGUCCAAACUACAUUUAGUCUUGUUGAAUUUACUGUCAGGGAUAUGUAAUACUAAUGGUAAAAAUCAUCAGGAACAACAAAGGACCAGUCCCUUCUCUCUUGUGACGUUCAAAUUUAAGACAACUGGUUCGACAGUACGUCAGUGUACAACAGAUUCCGUGCAAAGUAACAGGCAUAAGAUGACUUGACUACAUGAUUCAUUGUAUGUAUCAUAGUGGUGAACGAAUACAUUGAACUGUCAUCUCUGGUUGUCCUUUGACUCUAUUAACAGUUAUUUCUACUUUCAAAAAUGCUUUAAUCGGUUUUUUUUCUUUUCUUCAUACUUCACUUUAUAAGUUCUUGCUUACUACAGUGUAUUGAAUCCAUUUAAACCACAAACAUGAGCCAUGGAUCUGUGUGUAGAACACCAGAGCAGCUUCAGUGAUCACUGACACUGAUCCCACAUGAGACCAUGAUGAGUAACUGUAAUCAUGGAGGAAGUUUAACUGCCUGACCAUGCAAACGUUUUACUUCAUUUCAGAGUGACUGUGUGUUGGUGUAUACCUCAAAGUUUUCUUUUCUCUGCUUUUUUCCUCUGGUAAAUUAGCAUUUCCUGAGGCUCCCUCCAUGUUUAGUCUCUAAACUGGGUAUCUUUACAUUGAGAAUCGUUUUGCACUUGAUAUUGUAAAAAGUGAACUUACUGAAUAAAAUACCCUGAUUUCUA